CAGGGGGGUCCCAGACGUCCGAUCCAACAACCUAGGUAUCAAGGGAUCUACGGAACUUCUAAGCGGAGAUAAGAACAGAAAUCUAGAUGACGUUAGGUAUAAACUCCAAGACCCCGAAACGGGAUAGAGAGGCGUUCGUGAACAGACUCGACACAUACCUUACGGAGGAAGAAGUCUUGACGGAUGAUGGAUCGAAAGUACCACCGAAGAAAGCAAGAGGGAAGCGUACAACGAAGAGUUACGCAACAUCGGAUGACAGGGAUGAAGAAGCACGAGUUAUGUCAAGAGCGGAUUACGAGAAGAGCUUGAGACGGAAGACCAGCACGCCGAUGAAGAACUGCUCCGUAGGGAAAGAGAACCCAACAUCGUGCAGUAAAGGGAGCAUGGUGGAUAACAUCCUGGAUACCAGGUCCAGGUUGAUGGGGAAGGAAUGGCGAGAAGUGAAGAAGCUUUGCGAGGCGAGAGAUAUCACCCAGAUCUCUAAAGAGCAAGGUGUAUGUGAGCUUCUCAACAGAGCAGCACGGGGCAAAGACGUCGAGCUUUUGGACGAGAGUUGGGAGCGUGGAGACAUUCAGGAUCAAUGACGGUUUCGCCGGGGGUAUCCCCUCGGAGUUCUUCUUCUUCAAAGCCUUAGCACGCUUUGCU